CUGUUGUAUGGAACAGACGCUCACGGAAAAGCUCCGUCCACUAUUACCGGAGUUUUAAACCUUUUGCGACUUUUGGUGAAUACAAUUCGUGAUCACAACUUGUGAUUACAACUCUGCAAGUGAGUGCUGUGACUUUUGCCUCAAUUCGGACCUGCAAGUGGACUAAACUCACCAAAACAGACAGUUAGUUGGAGCCGACAGCCGUUAAAGGCAAGCUAUCAUGCUACCCGCGGUUUAACAGCUGCACACGAAGCCGGAUUUUAAAACAUUUGGAGUUAUCCUGUGAAGCUUUUUCCGGCCAACGAGGACUGGUGAGACACUGGUGAGACACUGGUGAGACACUGGUGAGAUACUGGUGAGAGACAAACUCGCUGUUAUAACAAAUAUUAAUCACCGAAGGCAUUACACCACAAGCCAACCGCUAACUGACGGCGUUGCUAAGCAACAGUAACAAUGACAAAGGCUCGAGGGAGAAGAAGCGGAUCAAGCGGUGGCUCUAACAGUUCAGGUCGAAGUACUCUAGAUUCAGUUAAGUAUAUGGAAGAUGUCGAUCUAGAACUGACUCCUGAGACAACCGGAGGCGCUAGCCGUGUACCUCAACCGCCGCCGAGACCUGACAACGAUGACACAGUUAAUCAGAUGAGACAACUGAGUGGAAAUAUACAUAUAGCAACAGCGAGAGCCUUACAGAAGAUUAAUGACCACGCAAUAAAGCAAGAAAGAAGCUUAACGGAAAAGUGUGAGGCUACCAUAGCGAAAGUCCUGGGGGAUUUUGGAAAGCAGCUGCAGCUGCUUGUGGAGAAUUCCAACUCCACGCUAAGAGAAAUUCAAGGUCUGAGAGGAGUCAAUGGUGAGAUGCAAAAAGAAAUAGGGUCCCUAAGGAAGGAAGUUCAAGGUCAGAGAGCGGAGAAUAAAGCAUUGCAAAAUGAUAUAGGGUUAUUAAGGAAGGAAAUGCAAUGCCUGAGAGUGGAGAAUAAAGAAUUACAGGAAAGUAAUGCAGCAUUAAGAGCCACUCUCAAAAAGGAAUGUGAAGAAAAAGAUAAAGUCAUUGAGCAGCUGAAAAACACCAUAGAUGACAUGGAUCAGAACACAAGAAUGAAUGACGUGGUCGUGACAGGACUUCGAAUCAAACCAAGGUCCUAUGCCAGACCAGUGGCGAAUACUGAUGAACCAGAUGAAAUGGAUGUCGCCUCAACAGAGCAACAAGUUGUUGAUUUUUUGCAAUCGAAGGAGGUGGAUGUAGACAUCCAAUCUAUUGAUACUUGUAUCCCACUGUAUGGUAGGAACCGUACUACACCCGUCGUCAUCGUCAAAUUCACUAAAAGGAAAUUCAAGGUUGCUCUGCUGAAACAGGGAAAGAAGCUGAAAGGAACAAACUUCUACAUGAAUGACCACCUGACAAAGCGCAACGCUGAAAUUGCGAAGAAAGCACUGAUCUGAGGAAGCAAGGAAAGAUCCAAGGAACAUGGAGUGCAAACUGCAAAAUCUUCAUCAAAGUAAAUGGAGGACCAGAGGCCAGAGUUCUUCUUGUCCAAGACAUCAAGGACUUAGAAAGAUAUUGAGGUCUCCCCACAUGGAAGAGUACAGCUCUAAUAUGCUGCAAGAGCUACAACUGGACACUUUUUACUUUACAGAUCACAAACAAUUGGAUAUGGAAAAAGACAUUGAUCCGGACUCAAAUUUUUUCUCUCAUAUUACAAAUGACUGCUGUUAUUAUACGGAGGAGCAAUACAACAACAGCUUCAUCAACGACGACAAGUUAUCCAUCAUCCACAUAAACAGCAGAAGUAUGUCUGCUAACUUUACUAAUAUUAAACAAUAUUUGAAUCAAUUCAAAGAACCUUUCAAAGUAAUAGCAAUCUCAGAAACUUGGAUCAAUGCUAACAAAGGAAUGGACUUCAAGUUGGAAGGAUAUGAAAUGACGUGUGCAAACAGGAACAAUUCAAAUGGAGGAGGUGUGGCCGUAUAUGUGGACAAACAUCUGAACUACAAAAUGAUGAUACCACCGCGUUUUGGUCUGGCGAAAGCACACAAGAACUCAUUAAAAAGGACAAUUCCUGCAAGCAGCAACGUUGCGAAGGAGCGGGACUGCAGGACAAACAAGGAAGGCUUUGACUCCAGCCUGAAAAGCUCCGACUCGCCGUCUUGAUAGCUUUCAUUCAUAGCAGGAGCAUUCCUCAAACCAGAUGACAUGCUUGGGUUGAUGUGGAACACUUAAUGAGGUGGGUGCUGGAACAUUCCAUGGAAACUGGAGGCAAGAAGUUAUGGAAUCUCCCAGCAACUGAGAGCUUGACAUUUUUCCCAGUAUUCCAUCUGUGUGCAGAGACAGGCCGCUGACCUUUAACGUGCCGAGCAGAGGGUCAUCUGUUCUUGAUCCUCUUAGAACUGGGAUGCUGGGUGACGGCAAGAAUCCAGAUGUGCGAGGAAUGCUCCUCUUCCUCCACAUGAGAACUUGAGGCCUUCCAUUCCUCUCAGGAAACAUGUGCUUGCACGGACAUCAGAAAUGUGAGAAAUGGCUUUCUUCAGGUUUCAUGAGACACGCCCCCUGUUGUUUCGCCAUCCGGACAUAAGAGUUCCAGAAUUUACAAGUAAAAGAUACCUCAAUUAUCACAGAAGAAUACACAAAAAACAUAACAUAUAAUAACAACAGCAAUAAAUCCAACAACAGCAAACAUUCUUACACCUGGGACAAAACGAAGGUCAAAAAGUUCCCGAAAAAGAACAAAAGCAAAGUCCUUCCUUGGCUGGCUAUGGGUGAUUAUGUAUUCUUUCGCCGAACUACGUGACUAGUUCUCGAGCAACUCUCGUAAUUACGAACCACACACAAAAAAACACGACUUUUUACGGUAAUCCAUGGGAGUGUCUCUUAACCACGAAACGGCGUAAAACUUCGGAAAACGCGAAACGUUGUAACACAAUGAUGAACAGUUUUAAUUCUGUCUCCCAAAAUGACAACUUUAUUCUCACGUUCAUAUUUUACAUUUUUUAUUGUAAUAUUUCAACUUAAUUGUUCUGACUUUACAAGCUUUUUUGUGCUACACGCAAGUAUUAUUUUAAUUUAAUAUAGAUGUAGACUGUGUGAUCUACUGAGUAGUCUUAUGUAUGUACAGUAUAUGCACACACACACACACACACACACACACACACACAAAUACAGUAUAUAGUAGUGUGAAAGAGUGCCCCCUUCCUGAUUUCUUAUUUUUUUUUGCAUGUUUGUCACACUUAAAUGUUUCAGAUCAUCAAACAAAUUUAAAUAUUAGUCAGUCACAACCCCGCUGCCAUGAUACCUAUGCAUUAAUUACGCAAAAAAUUACGCAUGUAUAAAUGGUCGGUUGAAUAUGGUCUACUAUUAGCAAAAAAAGGCAUAUUUAAGCAAAUUGUACAUAUUCAUGGUGUAAAUUAAGCAUUUUCAAGCAUAAAAAUGGCAAAGUGAACGAAAAUACAAAUAUAAAGCAUUCUAAAGACGUGAUAUGACGUGUAAUACAUUAUAUGUGCCUUGAUGCGUGAGCCCUUAAGAAGUGACGUGUGUGAUGUCAGCUAGCUAGAGUUGACUGUUAACUGAGUGCGAGCAGCAGGUUAGCAGUGUAGAGAGUGGCCGACAGCAGCUCCUGUGUGAAUGUACACCGCAUGUUUUCUCUUGCUCGUUAAUGAAGCGACUGAAGUACAUCAUGAGUCUCUCCUAAACCAAAACAGUGGCAGUAGAAUAGUAUUGUACACUGGUCGCUAGGUGGCAGUAACGUUACAUUGAUGAGACAAUCGCCACCGCAGGAAAUACGCUGUCAAUACUAGCGUGUGAGUCUGUCUUGUCUCCUUUAUGUCUAAGAUGGCUUAUUUUCCCUUCUUAUGUCUAUUGGGUCUGUCUGGGUAUAGGAGUAUAGCAUGUCUAGAGGGCUCUAAUAAUGUUAAAAGUGUAUUUAGAAGGUGGUAAACAGGUUUUCUAUGCUCUAUUGAAUCCUACUUUAAUUCAUUCAUCGCGGUCAGGUCUGGAAGUAAUUAAUUGCACUAAACGAGGGAUGGCUGCAAUAUUUUUUCAUUUGGGGGGUUCUGCAUUGAGCCUCCCAACAGACUUAUCUGUUUUCAGGUACAUUCUUGUGCCCUAAGAGGAGAAGGCUGACUGAGACGAUGGCCAGGUGUUUCUGCUGUAUGUGAGCGACGUAACAGAAGGUGAGUAACAGUCGCAGAAGCUCUGUCGCAAAACAUUGCGAGUGGAGGAGGUGAUGUAGGUCUCGCGCAUGUGCAGAAGCAAUCAUGUUUCCGGUGCGGAGCUUAUGCACGUCGUUGGUACGCACAACGUACAGCUCGCACGCAGUUCCAACUUUACGUGCGUUGGCUGUUCGAAUGAAGAAACAGCCGUACAUCCGGGCAGCCUCAGAUUACAUUUCAGGUUGUACGUUGGGUGGGCGGUGAUAUUAUUCCUUCAUGGUCAACACAACUAUGUUCUCCACGAGCAAAAAAAAAAACAAAAAAACCCCCCCCCAAAAAACAGCGAUUUAACGUCUGCUUGAAAGGAAGCGUCAAACAACACAAUAGACUGACUGUACCUAUUGAAGUGACCGGUGAGUGUUGCAUUUAUGGAGCUAGCAACUGACAAAGAACCCUGUGUGAGUUUGACUUUUAAAGAUGAGAAUACCUCAAUAGGCGACUGCUUCUGUUAGAAAAAAACCUGCAGCAACAUUCCAGGUGACCUCUCUCGCAGAACCACUUUUGGAAAAGUAUUGAACUCAAAUUUGGCUGUUUGAGGGAAAACAAGCGGCAUGUUUGCGCCACAACACGGCGCUUGUGACAACAGACACCAGCAGCAUUCUCUGCUGCGACGCCUAAUGUUUGUGGAUCAAAUAACGUCCCAGAAAAAACGCUUUUAGGGUGUGAUUUUGCGUCAUGCUCAUUUUCCUCAGGGCUCCGUAGAAAGAUGGCGUUCAUGUUACAGCCUGAAGCUACAGGGCAGAUGUUUGAGAGACAAAGAGGAUGUCCUGCCCUCCAGCUUUGAAGCACAUGCACCUGUCAGGCCACCACCCACAACACACACACACACACACACACAGACACACACUCUGAAUGCAUUGACGAACAGCAGCAAAGUGUGUCGCCAACAGAGACACAGCGAUGCUGGGACACAAUGCAGUGCAUUCUCAACAACUCUGACCGACAACAUCUGGAAACAUGUUUAUUUUAAAAACAAGUAGGUAGGCUAAGUACAACAAAAACUAUGAUUUUUAUGGCGCAGAUAAAUAGUUGUCUUUAUUUUAUUAAAUUGUCUUUAUCCUUGCAAUGGGAGUUUCACAUCACGUGAGAAGCAAAAAGCAUCAUUGGAAGAUCAUUCUCAUAAUAUUACCACUUUUUUCUCGCAAAAACACAACUUUAUUCUUCUCAUUUUUAAUCUAAUAAUUUUAAAUAUUUUCAUAUAAUAGUUUGUAUUAUUUAUAAAUAAAUACUUUUUUGAUAUAGGUCUCUUUUUGGUGUUUUUUAUUAUCAUGACAAACAUUAAUAACGUAAUUACUGUAACACUUCAACUUUUGCCUCUUAAAAUUACACGAUUCUCACAAUAUUAUCAUUCUUUUUCUUUGAGCAUUACCACUUUAUUUUCAUAAUUACUACUUUUCUCUUGGA